AGAUCGCAUCUCCACCGUCAACUUCAACUGUGUCUCUCAUCUCUCUCAGAUCAUCAUCGUCCCACUUGAUUGUAUUGAUUCCCCCAACUUCAAUUUUUAUAGUAUUAUUAACCGAUCGAUUUUUUCUUUUUUCCUUUUUUUUUGGAUUCGCUUCCACUUCUUUCAUCUUCUUCCUUCCUUCCCUCUCCUCCUAAUCCGCCUCUUCUUCCUACGCGUGUCUCCCUUCUCACUCUCUAUCUCUUCCGAUUCACCGUCCUCUCUUUUCGGAUCUCUCUCUUAGCUUGUGUGUGUGUGCGCUUAUGUGUCUCCGUGGAUCUACCACUGAGGUUUCAAUUCGAAACCAUCUCUUUCUUCUUCUCGAAUAAUAAAUCGAAUCUUUUCGAGGAUUCGUUUUUGUUUCCCGAUCCGAAGAAUGGAGGAUCCUGAUAUCAAGAAGUGUAAAUUGAACUGCGUAGCUACGGUUUCUACGGUUGAUGACGUCAUCGAGCAAGUGAUGACGUACAUAACCGAUCCCAAGGAUCGAGAUGCGGCGUCUCUGGUGUGUCGGAGGUGGUUUAAGAUUGAUUCCGAGACGAGGGAGCAUGUGACCAUGGCGCUAUGCUACACAGCGACUCCUGAUCGUCUCAGCCGUAGGUUCCCGAACUUGAGGUCUCUCAAGCUUAAAGGCAAGCCGAGAGCUGCUAUGUUUAAUCUGAUCCCGGAGAACUGGGGAGGUUACGUUACUCCUUGGGUUACUGAGAUAUCUAACUCGCUUAGGCAGCUUAAGUCAGUGCACUUCCGUCGGAUGAUUGUUAGUGACUUAGAUCUGGAUCGUUUAGCUAGAGCUAGAUCAGAUGAUCUUGAGGCUUUGAAGCUUGAUAAGUGCUCUGGUUUCACUACUGAUGGUCUUUUGAGCAUCGUUACUCACUGCAGGAAAAUAAAAACGUUGUUAAUGGAAGAGAGUUCUUUUAUUGAAAAGGAUGGUAAGUGGCUUCAUGAGCUUGCUCAGAACAACACUUCUCUGGAGGUUUUAAACUUCUACAUGACGGAGUUUGCCAAAAUCAGCCCUAAAGACUUGGAAACCAUAGCUAGAAAUUGCCGCUCUCUGGUUUCUGUGAAGGUCGGUGACUUUGAGAUUUUGGAGCUAGUUGGGUUCUUUAAGGCUGCAGCUAAUCUUGAAGAAUUUUGUGGUGGCUCUUUGAAUGAGGAUAUUGGAAUGCCUGAGAAGUACAUGAAUCUGACUUUCCCUCGAAAACUAUGUCGUCUGGGCCUCUCUUACAUGGGACCUAAUGAAAUGCCAAUACUAUUUCCAUUCGCAGCCCAAAUCCGGAAAUUAGAUUUGCUUUAUGCAUUGCUAGAAACUGAGGAUCAUUGUACGCUGAUCCAAAAGUGUCCAAAUUUGGAAGUUCUCGAGACAAGGAAUGUAAUCGGAGAUAGGGGUCUAGAGGUUCUUGCACAGCACUGUAAGCACUUGAAGCGGCUGAGGAUUGAACGGGGGGCAGAUGAACAAGGAAUGGAGGAUGAAGAAGGCUUAGUCUCACAAAGAGGACUUAUUGCAUUGGCUCAGGGCUGCCAGGAGCUAGAGUACAUGGCGGUGUAUGUCUCAGAUAUAACUAAUGAAUCUCUUGAAAGCAUAGGCACAUAUCUGAAAAACCUCUGUGACUUCCGCCUUGUCUUACUCGACCGGGAAGAAAGGAUUACAGAUUUACCACUGGACAACGGAGUCCGAUCCCUCUUGAUUGGUUGCAAGAAGCUCAGACGGUUUGCAUUCUAUCUGAGACAAGGUGGUUUAACCGACGUGGGCUUGAGUUAUAUCGGACAGUACAGUCCAAAUGUGAGAUGGAUGCUGCUGGGUUACGUAGGUGAAUCAGAUGAGGGUCUAAUGGAAUUCUCAAGAGGUUGUCCAAAUCUACAGAAGCUAGAGAUGAGAGGUUGUUGUUUCAGCGAGCGAGCAAUUGCUGCAGCGGUUAAGAAAUUACCAUCAUUGAGAUACCUUUGGGUACAAGGUUACAGAGCAUCGAUGACGGGACAAGAUCUAAUGCAGAUGGCUAGACCGUACUGGAACAUCGAGCUGAUUCCAUCGAGAAGAGUCCCAGAAGUGAAUCAGCUGGGAGAGAUAAGAGAGAUGGAGCAUCCGGCUCAUAUAUUGGCUUACUACUCUCUAGCUGGUCAGAGAACAGAUUGUCCAACAACUGUUAGAGUUCUGAGAGCGCCAAGUAUGAUAUGACCAAAAACAAAACAGGUUUGUAUAUAAAGAUUUGGUUAUCUCUUUUAGUCUCGCGUUUUUGGUUUUCCACGAACUGUCUACUUCUGGUUCUUGAUUUUUUCUUGUUGUAUCGUCGUCAAUGGUUUUGGGAGAUCACAUAGUCUUGUUUGUAUGGCCAUCACAAUUUUAUUUUUUCCACAGGGGUCUGUGUACUCUUUUCCUUUUUCAAUAAAAAAAAACCCCAAAGAUUUUGAGA